AUGGCCUCUAAAGAUGCACACAACCAAAGAAGUAGAGGUCAGCCCGGCUUUCUUCCUGGAGCUCCAGAUCCAAACCAAAACUUGCGUGCCUCCUCAUCCGAUCCAGGGAAUCAAGUAUGGCAGCCAGGUGUUCCUUCACCAAGUAAUUUCCUGCCAACCAUCAGUUUUCCUCCUGGGCUAGAAUAUUUAAGCCAGUUAGACCUGAUCAUUAUACACCAGCAGGUGGAGCUUCUUGGAAUGAUACUCGGUACUGAGACCUCCAACAAAUAUGAAAUUAAAAACAGCUUGGGACGAAGAAUUUACUUUGCAGUGGAGGAAAGCAUCUGCUUUAAUCGUACGUUCUGUUCCACGCUGCGAUCUUGCACCCUGAGGAUCACAGAUAACUCUGGUCGAGAGGUGAUUACCGUAAACAGGCCCUUGAGGUGUAACAGCUGCUGGUGCCCUUGCUACCUACAAGAGUUAGAAAUUGAAGCCCCUCCUGGAACCAUAGUUGGUUAUGUUGCACAGAAGUGGGACCCUUUUCUGCCUAAAUUCACGAUUCAAAAUGCAAACAAAGAAGAUAUUUUGAGAAUUGUUGGUCCUUGUACAACAUGUGGCUGUUUUGGCGAUGUGGAUUUUGAGGUGAAAACCAUUAACGAGAAGCUUACAAUUGGGAAGAUUUCUAAGUACUGGUCAGGAUUUGUAAAUAACGUCUUCACAAAUGCUGACAACUUUGGAAUUCAUGUUCCUGCAGACCUGGAUGUGAGGGUCAAAGCGGCGAUGAUUGGUGCUUGUUUUCUCUUUGAUUUUAUGUUCUUUGAACAUUCACUGGCUGGAUUAUAA